AUGAGACAAUGGGAACGCGGCAACUUCACAAAACUCGCAGGGUUUCAACCUGCCGACAGCGACUUUACAGCCCACACGCUCCACAUAAUUGAGUUUGUCGCGAGCAUCUCCACCGGCAUGUGGUGGAGAUAA